AUGUGCUCACGAAUAUCUGCGCAAUUUCCUACCUCUGCCCUCCCUGUUUUCCUCUCCCUUUCCCCCUGUCCUCCUCUCCCUUUCCCCCUGUCCUCCUCUCCCUUUCCCCCUGUCCUCCUCUCCCUUUCCCCCUGUCCUCCUCUCCCUUUCCCCCUGUCCUCCUCUCCCUUUCCCCCUGUCCUCCUCUCCCUUUCCCCCUGUCCUCCUCUCCCUUUCCCCCUGUCCUCCUCUCCCUUUCCCCCUGUCCUCCUCUCCAUUUCCCCCUGUCCUCCUCUCCCUUUCCCCUUGUCCUCCUCUCCCUUUCCCCCUGUCCUCCUCUCCCUUUCCCCCUGUCCUCCUCUCCCUUUCCCCCUGUCCUUCUCUCCCUUUCCCCCUGUCCUCUCCAUUUCCCCCUGUCCUCCUCUCCAUUUCCCCCUGUCCUUCUCUCCCUUUCCCCCUGUCCUCCUCUCCCUUUCCCCCUGUCCUUCUCUCCCUUUCCCCCUGUCCUCCUCUCCCUUUCCCCCUGUCCUUCUCUCCCUUUCCCCCUGUCCUCCUCUCCAUUUCCCCCUGUCCUCCUCUCCCUUUCCCCCUGUCCUCUCCCUUUCCCCCUGUCCUCCUCUCCAUUUCCCUCUGUCCUCCUCUCCCUUUCCCCCUGUCCUCCUCUCCCUUUCCCCCUGUCCUCCUCUCCCUUUCCCCCUGUCCUCCUCUCCCUUUCCCCCUGUCCUCCUCUCCCUUUCCCCCUGUCCUCCUCUCCCUUUCCCCCUGUCCUCCUCUCCAUUUCCCCCUGUCAUCCUCUCCCUUUCCCCCUGUCCUCCUCUCCCUUUCCCCCUGUCCUCCUCUCCCUUUCCCCCUGUCCUCCUCUCCCUUUCCCCCUGUCCUCCUCUCCCUUUCCCCCUGUCCUCCUCUCCCUUUCCCCCUGUCCUCCUCUCCAUUUCCCCCUGUCCUCCUCUCCCUUUCCCCCUGUCCUCCUCUCCAUUUCCCCCUGUCAUCCUCUCCCUUUCCCCCUGUCCUCCUCUCCCUUUCCCCCUGUCCUCUCCCUUUCCCCCUGUCCUCCUCUCCAUUUCCCUCUGUCCUCCUCUCCCUUUCCCCCUGUCCUCCUCUCCCUUUCCCCCUGUCCUCCUCUCCCUUUCCCCCUGUCCUCCUAUCCCUUUCCCCCUGUCCUCCUCUCGCUUUCCCCCUGUCCUCCUCUCCAUUUCCCCCUGUCCUCCUCUCCAUUUCCCCCUGUCAUCCUCUCCCUUUCCCCCUGUCCUCCUCUCCCUUUCCCCCAGUCCUCCUCUCCAUUUCCCCCUGUCCUUCUCUCCCUUUCCCCCUGUCCUUCUCUUCCUUUCCCCCUGUCCUUCCCUCCCACCUUUCCUCCCCCUCUCUCACAUCCCUUCCCUUUCCUACUGUCCUCUCCCACCAUUCACGCUUCUCUCAGCCAUCCCUUUCCCCCCUCCCCUGCCCCUCGCCUUCCCCCACUACCGUCCCUUCCCUUUCCACUACGUUCUCUCGUUCAAUUCAGCCAACAGUACCAGCUUUGCUUGGCCACUGAAGGCUGUCUAUCAUAUCUAA